CAGUGGGUGCAGCACAACCACUCUCCCUCUCUCUCUCUCUCUCUCUCUUUGCACCACACUCAAUUCACGCAACAUAUUAGUGCACUCAAAAUUGCUUCUUCCUCUUCUUCCUCCUCCUCUUCCUCCUUCUUCUCUUCUUCUUCAUCGUCUUUUUCCUUCUCCUCCUUCUCCUCCUCCUCCUCCUCUUCGUUUUUGUUUUCUUCUUCGGUGUUGUGAAAAAUCUUGUUAUUUCUUCUUCUUCUUCUUCUUCUUCUUCUUCUUCUUCUUCUUCUUCUUCUUCUUCUUCUUCUUCUUCUUCUUCUUCUUCUUCCUUGCUUUUAUUCUCUUUCUCUUUCUUUUCUUAGCUUCUUCUCUUCUUCCUUCUUGUUCUUUCUUUUCCUCUUCUUGUUCUUCUUUCUCCUAUUCCUCCUCCUCUUUCCUCCUCCUCCUUCUCGAGCCAUUUUGAGGAAAAGCUUUUGCAAGUGUGACGAAAAUGAAGCAAGAACAGACGAUAAUAAAGAUAAAAACAAAAGAAACAUGAAUACUGGUUUGAGAUGAGCGGGCGUAGCCAGCUAGCGAGCGAGCCUCCACCCACUCUACACCCAAUUAUACAUGGCUCUCCUUAACUAACCCCUGUACUGGUGGAGGGGGUGGAGGAGGGAGCGCAGGGAGUGGAGAGAAAAUUCCCUCCGCCUCGAACUCCACGUGGAGGUGCGGAGGGAGAGGUUCGGAGGAACGGGAGAGAUAAGAGAAGGGAGUAAAGUUGUGAAGAGUGAUAAUGUUUGGUGUAGCAAGAUGGCGACCGACUGGCAACAGCUGAGAGAGGAGCUGCUGACGCCAAACACUCUUGUGCUGCAGCGGCUGUCUGGCGUGGUGGACCUGAUGGAUUCGCUGUCAGAGUCACUGCUGCAGAGUCAGGGAGGCCUCACCUGUCCCUCUUGUAAAGUGACGGUGGAGGCCUCUGGUGGGCGGCUUCGACAGAUGUGCCCUUACUGUGGGAGCUUCUACAACAUGGCGUCGAACACUGAUGUCAGGUUGAGGCGUGGCAGGGAGAUUAGGGUGGAACUGCCGCAUAUUGACGUGGACAGCAGGUCACGAAUAAGCAACAUAGGGAACUUUAUGCUUGGUCGUCUUAGCGGUCUGCUCUUCCAAGACACCACCACCACCACCACCACCACCACCACCACCACUACCCCCAAUGACACCAACAACAACGAUAUGAGUGACAACAGCAACAACAACGAUAAUUCAGUCAUCACCACCAUCGCCAUCACACCCAGCAGUAGUGACAGCAGCAGCAGCAGUAGUAGCAGCAGUAGUAGUAGCUGUAGGAGUAGCGGCAGUGAGGAGGGGCGUCUGGGUUUGCUGAGGAUGGGAGACACCACAGGACCUUACAGGAUUGGGUCUGGGAGUUCCUUGCCUCCUAUUCGCCAACAAGAGGUGCACAGUCGCCGCAACAGCCUCGUCUCGGUGUCCAGGAGGGGUUCGGGGAGCCUCAGAUCAGCUAGGAGUGAAGAACGCUUGUCUACGAGAAAUGAUAACGCGAGCACCACUAGUCAGCGACCUGUGUACCCCGCCAGAACCACGAGACGAGAGGAAUUCAUGCAGGAGGUGAGGAAGACGAAGGAAAGUAAACAGUACGGAGAAAUGAAGAAGUUUUAUUUUGAUACUUUUGAGUCUUACGCCAGCAUCUGUGCCACGUUUAAGCGUGAUCCGGACCAAGACGGCGCAAGAGCGGACGACCCAGGCAUAAAAAUGGAACUUGUUUACACUGUUCAUGACUCUAUACGCGAGAUGCCUUCAGUAGUUCACAAGCACUUCCUGAAAGCAGUCAUCAACUCACUGCUACAGGAGAGACCCCACCUCUUCAGCAAGGACCGUGUGAGGGCGCUGUUUGUCAUCCUGCAAACUCCAGUCUUCCUCACGCAGUCUUCAUAUACAGUCCUUGCCCACGUUCUGAGAAACAUUACAGCGCUGACCAACGGAGACCACCAGCUGCUUGUGUCGUGGUUCAGAGUGCUGGAGGUGUCCCGGCUGAGGAUGCUUGUGGGAAUCAUCAUUCAGUUCAUAACGGUGAGACAGUUCCCGCCACCUGACCGCUCCCUGCCGCCCCUCAGCAAAAGUAAAUGGUGGAUCCCUACCGCCACACGUGUGCUCGCCAUCCUGUAUGCCAGCAACACGUCGGGGCAGCCUCCCUUGCUCCACUACACUGAAUUUUACAACCACGCCCUUGACCACCUGGACCUGAUGGGAGAAUACAAGCUAUGGCAAGUCCCAGACAAGCCUGACUCCUUCUCCUUCUGCCAGUAUCCUUUCAUUCUGUCCAUUGUGGCUAAGAGACACAUCCUGACGAAGGACGCAGAGCAGCAGAUGAUCCUGACGGCGCGGCGCUCUCUCGUGGCCAAGGUUGCACGCCACCAGCCACCACAGAUUGAUAUUUUCUUCCUUAACAUCCAAGUGAGAAGGAAUUACUUGGUGGAGGACUCUCUGAAGGAGAUCGCAACGAAGAAGAGGGAUCUGAAGAAGAAGCUGAAGGUGACAUUCGAGGGAGAACCUGGGCUGGACAUGGGGGGCCUGACAAAAGAGUGGUUUAUGCUUCUCAUUAAACAGAUAUUCAAGCCUGAGAAUAAGAUGUUUGUUUAUCACCCCACCAAGAGGCUGUACUGGUUCUCAAUGAGUCAAGAGGGUAACCUUCGUGAAUAUAACCUUAUAGGAGUCCUCAUGGGGCUGGCUGUGUACAAUUCCAUCAUUCUAGAUAUUCACUUCCCUGCCAUCUGUUAUAGGAAGCUGCUUAGUCCCCCCGUGGUCCCAGCGUACGAACACGUGGCGGUGGGCGUGGCUAAAGUACCCUCCUUAGAUGACUUCGGGGAGAUUAUGCCGGAGGUCGCCCACGGACUUCAGGAGCUUCUAAAAUACGAGGGGGAUGUAGAAGAAGAUAUGUGUUUGACUUUCCAGGUGUCCCUAGAGGAGUUUGGCUUGCCCCGCACUUUCAAUCUAAAGGAGCAAGGGGACUGUCUGCCGGUCACCAAUGAGAACAGGGAGGAGUUUGUAAGACUGUACCUAGACUGGAUACUGAACACCGCCAUCUAUGAGCAGUUCAGGGCGUUUUAUCUGGGUUUCCACACAGUUUGCGCCUCCAAUGCCCUUAUUAUGCUGCGGCCGGAGGAGGUGGAGAUGCUGGUGUGCGGAUCGCCUCGCCUGGAUCUUAACGAGCUACGGAAAGUGGUAGAUUAUGAUGGAUACACGCCUGACCACCCGACCAUUAAGUGGUUCUGGGAGGUGGUGAGCGAGAUGCCGGUGGGGCAGCAGAAGCUCUUCCUGCUGUUCACCACGGGCAGCGACAGGAUCCCCGUGGGCGGAAUGGGGGAGAUGAUGUUUAAGAUAUCCUGUUGGAAGGGUUACACUCACAUGCUGCCCCAGGCCCACACGUGCUUCAACCAGCUCGUCCUGCCGCCCUACACGUCCAAGGAGGUGCUCAAGAAUAAAUUGUACAUUGCUCUGGCUAAUGCUGAAGGAUUUGGCCUGGAGUAGCGAGAGAGGGAGAAGGAGACGCACGGAGACACAGAAGCAGGCAGAAGGAGAAGCAGUGAGUUUUUUUAUUUUCCGUUUUCUUUCAGUAUUUUUAAUUUUUUUUUAGUUUCUCUUGUUUUCUUUCCGUUUUCUUUGAUCAUUAUAUAUAUGUUUUUUUUAGUAUUAUUUUGUAUUCGUUUCCGUUUUCUUUCAGUAUUUCUUAUUUUUUUUCUGAUUUCUUUCCUCUUUUCAUUGUUCUUUUAAGUUUGUUUUUGUUUUGUUUAUUUUUGCUUCUCUUUCUUUCGUCUUUUUAUUGGUUGUUUUGUUUUGGUUAGUUUUUCUUUAUUUUCUCUCAGCAAUUCAUUUUUUUUCUUUUUUCUUUGAUAUUUUCGUAUAUUUUGCUUUAGUAUAGUAGUAGUAGUAGUAGUAAUAGUAAUAAUAGUAGUUUUAUUGAUUUAUUAAGUGCCUCGUGAUUAUUGUUUUCUUACUUUUCAUUUUCUUCCUUUUGUUUUAUUAUAUAUUUCGUUAAGUUUUUGACUCAUUUCCACGUAUUUACUGAAAGAAAGAGCGAGAACCUUUCCGUCCAUCGUGGCCUUACAGAAAACGAAAGAAAGAAAAUCUACAAGUCUCCCUUAAAAAAUACGAAAGAAAACUAAACAUUUACUCCUUAUGGGAAAUUCAGGGGCAAAUAAAAUAUGAAAGUGUUCCUUAAAAAACGAUACGAAAGAAAACCGACUUGCCUCAUUUUUUAUGGGAGACUCAUGGAAAAGUAAACAUGUGUGGAAUUCUGCAGUAAUAUUCUUUCUCUCGUUUCUGAACAUUGAGUGACCGAGAGAAAGAGAGAAAACGGAUUCCUGUGGGAUUUCUUUUUAUGGGAGACUUAAUAAAUAUGAGACUUUCAGUGUGGUGGGGUGAAAAAAGUUUGCUGGUGGUUAGAAUAAUAGAUAAUGAUUAAUUGAUUUUGAUGACUGAUUGAUGAAGUGUGGGAAGAAAGGGAGGAAGGGGAGGAAGUAAAAAAAAGUGAUGAAAGGGAGGGAAGAAGGGAAGGCAGGAAUGUGAUGAAGUAGAAAAGUAAUGAAUUUUGAGAGGAACUCGUGUGUGAUAAAAAUGUUAAAUAGAGAAUGAAAAAAAAAAAAAAGAAAACUAAGACGAAUGAAAUAAAAGGUUGAAAAUAGACACAGUGGUUAUUAAAAAAAAAAAAGAAAGAAAGAGAGAGAGAAGGAACAGAAGAAAAAGAGGACAGUAAAUAAAAUAAGUAGUGAAUGACUGCUAAAAGUUAUUGAUAAACGAAAAAAAAGGAAAGAAAAAGAAACUUAAUUUAUAUAUAUAAAAAAUAAAAUAAGACAGAUCACAAUGAAAACAAUAAAAAAAAGAAAGAGAAAGAGAAAACAAACAAAAAAAAAGAAACACAAAUAUCUAUAGGAAAGAAAAGUUACAGGAAAGGAAAGAAGAAAUGGAAGAAAAAUGAAAUAAACAAGAAAAAAAGAAGGAAUGAAACUUUUUGACUUUCCACAAUAAAGAAGAAAAACGAGAGAGAGAGAGAGAGAGAGAGAGAGAGAGAGAGAGAGAGAGAGAGAGAGAGAGAGAGAGAGAGAGAGAGAGAA